AUGUUGCCAGAAGGCGCCGAAAGUCGAAAGAUGUACCUUUCUAUUACCACCGGGCAAAAAUCUUCUGCGCCAUCUAACAGACAUUAUUUCAGGCGAUUUUUCAGGGGCCUGCCCGGAAAACAUCUCCGACAUGGCGCUACACAUAUAACCGCUUUCCAGCAAAAACUAAUCAGCCAAGAACUAGGACCUCUCAAUAUUAUGCAGAUCAACACUUUCCUUCUUACCGCCGGCUUUAUAGCCCUUGGUUCGGCAGAUAGCAGUUCCAGAACUUUUACUUCCGCGGGCACUGCCAACAAGGGCUUUGUUAUUCCGGAAAACCUCCCCGAGGGAUUUUGUACGGCAACCAUGGACGGGACCGAUCACGCCAAGAUGGAUCCGGACGCAACCGAUCGUGCAGUCGCGAGUGUCCGCACCGAAUGCGGCACGUCGUUUGGUCACUACAACGCAAUCGCGAACGGCGGCGGCGGCCAGCGGAUUGCCGCCUUUUAUUGCCGGUUUUCGGGCUUCGGCUCCUGUGGCGACCAUCUCAGGUUUAGAUAUGAGAGCAUCGCAAGGGUCUGUGGGAAGCAUACUGCGGGCUUGUCUGACUGGUGGGCGGGCUCCAAGUCGCAAUUUGCCAUAGGGUACCCCUCCUAG